AUGGCGAAGAAACCUAUCUCGGACCCGGCCUCUCCCGUCGCGGACGCGGAUAAAGCAGACCGAAACGUAUCGUUGCACGAGCGGGAGAAGGAUUCGUCUGCAGAUGAUGAUGAUGAUGAUGAGGAUAUUGUUCGGCCGAGAGGUCGAAUGGCCGCGAGGAUGCAGGCGGCGGAGGACGAUUCCGAGCCUGAAGCAGAGAAGCCAGCAGAGAGCGCCCGCGAGCGCGUGAAGAAGAUGCUCAUGAUGAAGAGCAAAUCGCCCGAGCCAGCCGCGAAUCCCGAGAGCAGCGAUGAGAACGAUGCACCUAUCGCCUCACGGAAACGGAGAGUCAGAGUACCACGGAGAAGCACGCCGGUUUCGAGUCCCAGGAGAACAUCCGCUUCCCCAGGUCUGUUUGUCUCGCCCUCCAAGCCUGCGGAUGCUUCGCGUGAUGCGUCUGAUUCUGAGGAGUUCCCUCUUAAUCCUCUUCAGGAUGAUCGUUUCAAAGCACUCGUCGAGAAGAAGCGUCAGGAACGGCUUGAGAGGGAGGCCCGGGAAGCAGCUCAAAAGGCAAAGAAGAUGGCGGAGCGGAAGAGACAAGCUACGAUGCUAGAGGAGGAUGACGAUAUGAGCGAUGACAAUGUGGAACGACGUCUCACUCAACAAGCCAAGCCUACCCGUAAGGCGAGUAAGAAGGCGCUGGAGGAGAUCGCUAGGAAAACACAGCGUAUGAGCCGCGACAUGCAGUUGGCUCAUGAUCCCAGGACAAAGAAGAAGAUCACUAAGGAAGACUUGUUUAAGAGGUUCAACUAUAGACCGGCGGGAGGCAUGAAGGAAGAGAAUACUGAGUCUACACAACCCGGGAGCUCGAGUCCCCCACCUAAUUCCGAUGUUGAGAUGCAUGAUACACCCCCGACAUCCCCGGCAUCUCAUGCAAGUGAGAUUGAGAAAACCUCGACAGCUAUUAAUGCACCCGCGAUUUCGAACGAAUCAGCUGAGAUGGAAGUUGAUGGCGAUUUGCCAACUCUCGAGGAGGCUUUGACUUCCUCUCCGCCCCGAAAGUUGGACAAGGGCAAAGCGAAGGCUGUUGAUGAGCCUUUACCAGAGACCGAAUUACCAGAGAGGAAACCUCAAUUCAAGCAACGCCCUAUUCGUAUCCGACCACCAGUGAUCACCGAUAGGAAAGCCUCUACCCUAGACGACUCUGACAGCGAUCUUGAAAUUCUUACAGCGAAAUCACCAGAUGCUAGAAUGAAGAGACUGGACACUAUUUUCGACCGUGUUCCUGCCAGGCAAGCCAAUGAGCCCCAUUCUCUCCAGGCGUUGAAGAUGCUUGCCCAUCUCAAGUCUCCUGGAAAGCAGACUUUGGGGAAGAACAAGAAACCCUCCAUGACCACCACUGAAUUACAACUCUCGCUCCAACAACGUGCCAGACAGCAAGCUGCACGCGAAAGGGAGGAGAGGCUGGAAGCUUUGAGGGCUAAAGGUGUUAUCGUGCAGACUGCGGAAGAGAGAGAGAGAGCCAUGGCCGAGGUCGAGGAUCUCAUUGCUAAGGCUAGGCGUGAGGCCGAAGAACUCAGGGAGAAGGAGAAGGCAGCUGCCAAAAGAGAGAGGAAGGCAAAGGGCGAGGUCGAUCCUCUGGGAGAUAGUAGUGAUGAUGAAGACUGGGAAGAGACUAAAGAGAAACCCGAGGAAUUGUCUCUAUCUGGUUCAGAAGAUGAGGAGGAAGGUGCCAAUGACGCAAGUGGUGAAGAAGAGGAGGACGACGAGGAGGACGAGGAGGAAGAUGAAAUGGAACUGGACGGUGAAGAGGAAGCAGAGACUACUGCACCAAACCCAAUAUUCGAUAAUGAAGCCGAUGAGACUGACAACGAUGAGGCUGAGGCUCAGUUGUCUAUCGAUGAGGAUAUGCCUGGAACUGGCGAUCUGGAGGACGAUCAAGAAGAGGAGUUACCUGUCAACCGGAAAAGUCGUCGGUCAAGGAAAUCCAAUGUCAUCUCCGAUGAUGAAAACGAAGAGAAGCCCGUAGUGGAAACACCAUCAGCGUCACGGACCAACUCUCUGAUGCCAACCCGGACAAGCUCUCCAACAGCUCCAACCUCCGUGCUCCGCUCUGCCACAAAGACCUUUAUCCCCGGACUACCAGUUACAGGCCCAGUGGGUCUUAGUUUGACCCAGAUCUUUGCUGGCACUAUGGACGACAGUCAAAUCGAGCCUUCUCAGGGAUCACCAACGGCUUCCAAAUCCAUCGAUCCCCACGUUGACGCCGAGAACGACCCAAUGGCAUUUUUGAGACGAUUGCCUGCUCCAGACCUCCCACCAUUUGUGCCCACAAUGGAGGAAGAUUCACAAGAUGUUGUUAUGGACAGCCAACGUGAAGUUAGCCACGUUCCGGAAUCACAACCCAUGGAAACUCAGACCCAAGGGAUCCAACUGGGAUUCUCUCAGUCACAAGUACAUGGCUUUGACAGCCUUAUUGAUCCGAUGGCGACCCAAGUCUCUGAAUUCCCAGAAGCGACGCAAGAUAGAGGAUUCCAACAUCUGACGCCUAUCAAAGGACGCUUUGUUGAAGCCCCGCCAUCGACAAUCGACACCGUAGUAAUUGGACCAGAGUCUGUCCCGGAAGCUGUUGCGGAAACGCCAGUCGUCAAGAAGAAGGGCAAAUUGCGGCGAAGAGCCCAAGUUGCCGCUUUUUCAGAUGAAGAAGAUGCAGAGGAACCUGCAGAAGUGGAAGAACAAGAAGAUGAGUUCGAAAUUACCGCCAAUGUAUUCGAUGUUAUGCGUAAAGCCGCCAGGAAGAAGGAACCCGUUGUGGACAAUUUCGACAAGAAGACCAGCAAGGCUAAGGAGAUGAUACAAGAACAAGCCGAAGAAUCUGAGGAUGAGUACGCUGGACUGGGUGGAGCUAGUGAUGAUGAGAGUGGCGAUGAAGAGGAUGAAUAUGUUAAAGCGAUGAUUGAUGAUGAAGGUGGGAAGGACGUGGAUGAGAGGAAGAUUGCUGCAUUCUUUGCGGAUCGUGAGAGAGCAAAUGACGAGAAGCAAGUGGAGAAGCUGUAUAACGAUAUCACGAAAGGAAUGCUGCGGAGAAAGAGAGGAGCUGACUACGACCUUUCGGACUCUGACGAUGGUGGUGAGGCACGGAAACGAAUGAAACGCAGAGAGUUCGCGAAGAUGCGUAAAGCUCUCUUAGCUGAUGAGCGUAUUGGGAAGAUCGCAGAGAACCCUAAGAGGCAGGCUUUCCUGCGUGCUCUCGAGGACCGCGGCAGUGAGGAUGAGAUGGACUUCCUCGAUGACUUUGCAGAGCAAGAGGAGGGAGCUGAUUCUCAGUCCCAAUCCCAGGCGGAGGACUCGCAGCAGCGAGUGCCAGACAGCCAACCUGAUGUUGUAAUGGGUCCUCCAAAGCGCAAGCGCUCUGAUGACACCGCAGAGAUGGAGCCAAGAGCUCCACCACACCUUCGCCGCACCAAGCCUUCCAAGAAGCCGUCCAACCUUUCCGAAAUCCGGGAAUCUCUUUCAAGUCUCAUUGAGGAGCCUAACGCGGUGAUUGCUCCCCCCGAAUCUGGUUCUGACACGGAAGAUGAGCUUGAAAUUGAAGGCGAGGACCUGAGCACCCACAAAGAGAAAGAAAAAGAGAACCGAGAUCCUUUCGCCUUAAGGAGAAAGAACGUGCCAAUCAUCGACCGCAUCUCUCUCAAGCGCGCCUCCUCAAGCUCUAUCUCCAACAACACGCGUCUUGCGUUCUCAGCUUCCUCAACCGCACCAGGCUUCAAGGUCCCUCCUCUCCUCAGACGCGCUACUACAAACAACAGUCUUGCAUCCACCUCGUCAACUACGUCGAGCGUGAGCGGCGGUGGCGCAUCUGCUGCUACUGAGCGAAUGGCGGGUGGGGGAGGUAGUGAUGGGAUUAAGAGGGGAGGAGGGAAGAAUAGCGGUGUACAUUACUUUGCGCGGGAGAGCGAGCGGAGAGCCGCGCUUGUAAAGACGGAGAAAAGAAGGGAGCAGAAGAUGUUCAAAGGGGCAGAGGUGCGGAGGAAGGUUGUGGGUGGCUUGUUCGGUAGCGGGAAGUUUGAGUAA